AUGGGCCGGCACGAGUCCGUCGGGACGGGCAGGCGGCGUUCGCUGGCCGUCGGGAUGGAGACCGCGCCGGAGCUUCUGGUCUUCAACGCGCACUACAACCUGACGCGCCACAUGCCGGUGCACACGGGGGCCCGGCCCUUCAUCUGCAAGGUCUGCGGCAAGGGAUUCCGCCAGGCCAGCACCCUCUGCCGCCACAAGAUCAUCCACACCCAGGAAAAGCCCCAUAAGUGCAACCAGUGCGGGAAAGCAUUUAACCGGAGUUCCACGUUAAACACCCACACACGGAUCCACGCAGGCUACAAACCUUUCGUCUGCGAGUUUUGUGGAAAAGGCUUUCACCAAAAAGGAAACUACAAGAACCAUAAGCUGACACACAGCGGUGAGAAGCAGUUCAAGUGCACCAUUUGCAACAAGGCCUUCCACCAGGUCUACAACCUGACCUUCCACAUGCACACCCACAAUGACAAGAAGCCCUUCACCUGUCCCACCUGCGGCAAAGGCUUUUGCCGGAACUUUGACCUCAAGAAACACGUCCGCAAACUGCACGACAGCGGGAGCGGGGGCGCCACCCUGGGGUUGCCUUGCAGCGGCAGCGAGCCAGAUUUGCCACCGCCGCUGAUCCACCACACGCGACGCGCCCCUCUCCGGUCUCAAAACAGGCAUCCUCUCGGGCGUGAGCGACCAACCCCUGAGGAAAAUCUUCCAAAGGAUCCGCAGUAG